AUGUCGAGUGACGAAGAGGAAAUGCGCGCUAUACGCGCGGCCCGGCACUUCAAGACGCGGGCACAGAGGCGAGAGGAAGACGCCGCGCAGGCCCGAGCGGCUUGUCGACGGAAAGAGGGAAAAGGAGAGUCGGGCACCGCCGAACGAAGCGAGGAAGAUGGACAGGACCGAGAGAGCGAUUACGACUCCUUUGGUCCCUGUCUUCGAAGAAAAGACAGUGUGUAUUCUUCUUCCCUUGGAGGAAAGGCAGCGGGUCGCGUUGUUGCUAACGCCAGCGACGAGGAAUCGGACGACGACUGGGGCCCCAAGCCGGUUCGUGCAUCCAAUCCUUCCUCGCCUUCCAGGGCGGAACGGCAGAUACUCGGUCGUCAGACGUCGUUGUCAGGCGAGGAAGAAGAGUCGGACGACGACCUGACUUUUGGUCCUCAACCUCUUUCUUGUUCGUCUUCGUCCUUUUCUUCCCGCACGGCCUCUGCCCGAGGCAAGAAGAGCGGUCUUGCCUCCAAGGCAUCUUCUUCGGAAGAAGAAGCACGGUCGUGUUCCGAGACUUCCGAGCCUGCAGGCGUCUCUUCCUCUCGGCCCCUUGCCGUCUCUUUCGAUGAUGAAGACUUUCUUCUCGGCCUAGCGCCGGAGCUGCCUUCCUCGGCCUCCCUUCCUAGUGCGAGAGACAAAGGGGAGCACAACGCGGCAGAAGACCCGGAGUUCCGAGUGCGUAGGGGUACCGAUCGGAACAACAGAAGAAAGGGAAGAGACACAAAAGAGGAAGAGGAAGACGAAGAGGAGGAGGAAGACGAAGAGGGAGAGGAGGACGAGGAAGAGGAGGCGGCGCAACUAAGAAGCGCGAUAGGCCUGCCUGCUGCCUUUGGUUUAGCAGGAGCGAAGAAACCCGAGUGCAAAAACAGUAUCGUUAAGUCAAGGGCUGCAAAAUCGAAAGCGGCGGCAGUCGGUUCGUCAUCUCUCUCCGCAGAGGAGACGCAACGCAUGAAGAGAAGAGAAGAGGUCGACGGCGAGAAGAAUGAAGGCACACGCGGACCCCACAGUCGCGACUUUGAUGCAGACGCGAGAGACCAAGCGGACGACACGGGCGAAUCUGAAGAAGAGGAAAAGUGGCGAACUCUCGGCCUGCCGGUCUCGCUGGAGGUUUAUGUCCCAGCACACCAGCCGUCGCUGGCGAGCGCUCUCGCUCUGAACCCAAAGGCAAACCGAAUGGCAACGGGAGGAAGCGACGGAGUCGUGCGAUUCUGGGAUUUUCAAGGCAUGACGAGCCGGAUGCGAAGCUACCGGCAGGUAACCCCGGUGGAGAAGCAUACAGUCGAGGCGUUGGCCUUCAGCACUCGGAACGAUUUUCUUCUGGUUGCAAGCGGCGAUUCUCAGUGUCGCGUCUACGACUCUCAGGAUCCCUCCCAGCCAGUCGUGACCACAACAAAGGGCGACAUGUACAUUCGAGAUGUUUCGCACACAAAGGGUCACACGCACAAAGUUCUGGACUGUCACUUCCACCCUCUGGACAAAAACCAGUUUCUGUCUUGCGGACUGGACGCCAGCGUGAGGCUCUGGGACUUGAAUGCGCCGCUGUACGGCAUGCUGCAAACGCUUCCUCACAUGGCCUGUCUGAAAGCAGUGGACCGACGGGGCCUGAACAGCAGUGCGACGCACUGCACGAGCUGUAUGUACACCCCCACGGCGGCGAAGGCAGUGGUUGUGGGCUGUGCCGACGGAUCCCUCCAGAUGUGGGGCAAUGUGGGCAGCAAGAAGACUUUUGGACGUCCCGAUGCGAUUGUCCGAGACUUCCAACUUUCGUCCACUGGAGCCUCUUCGGCAGGCUCAGGGAUCAGGCACAACUCGAAAGGGGUCACCGGGCUGAGGACUUGGCGCGGCGGGGACGGCGGGUUCGAAACGGCCAUCUUGUCUUUGAGAGGGUUCCGGGACGACUACCGCUUCGUUUCUCGAGGUGGAGAUGGAGUUCUAGCUCUGUGGGACCUGAGAAAGUUCAAAGCGCCUGUAAAGCGGGUCGAGGGUUUGCCGACAGAGAGUCACCGAGCCGGGGUCUGUCUGUCCCCGGAUGAAAAGUACGUCUGUACAACUAGCCAAGUUGGAGGCAAGUCGAAACCUGCGAAGCCGCGCGAUCCCUCUUUGGCCGGGCGCGCGUCCCCCGACGAAGCUGGAGGAUCACUGGAGAUCUUCAACGCGGACGACCUUUCUCGAGUCGCCUCGUUUCCUCUCGCCGUCGGUCGCGCACCGCUUCGCGUCGAGUGGCCGCAGGAGACGAACCAGAUCUUGUGCUCCUGCUCCGACGGCUGUGUGUCGAUCUUUUUCGACCGGACACUCUCGCAGAAGGGUGCGCUUCUCUUUGUGGAUACGCCGCAAGGUCGGCGGCGACGCGAGGAAGAGGAGACGGGCGACAGUCUUGUCUUUGCAAAAGAGUACAUUUUUGUCCCGGGCCAGCUUCCCGAAGGAUACAAAGAGACCUUUGACGGGAAAAUUAUCAAGGUCGUUCCUCGAGGGAAGGAGCGCCUUCGCCGGUUUCUGGAGACGCAGAAAACAUCUGUGCCUCCUCGACCUGCCAAGGAGGGGUAUGGCGGCGCCAACGUGGGGGGAGGAAAUCGAAGCCAGCAUUUGCUGAAGAAGUUGGGGCUGUUGGAUCCCGAGAAACUCCGACAGGAAGAGGAACAGGAUCCCGUGGAGGCUCUCAGGGCGUACGCGGCGAAAACUGCAAAGGCAGGCGUGGACAGCCAGUUCAUCAGCAGGGCGUACGCGACGACGCAGCCGAAACCUGUGCUCAACGUAGACGUGGAAGAAGAGGACGAAGAUGAGUUUCUGAAGCAACGGGAACGGUGUCCACGGUGUGCGUUGCGCAUGUGCCAGUGUGGCUACAUGGAGGAAAUGGAGAAACUUGGCGGAGGCAGGGAUGGCGGCGACGCCUCUGACAGCAGGGACAGGAAGAAACAAAAGACGGGGGCGUGA